UACGCCCAAGAGUUAGACGCUACGUUCGCUAAAAGAGGAACAAGGAUAAAAAAAAAAACCAGGUUGGCUUUCACCUUGUCUGUCCUUUUCAAAUUCGUGCAUACGUUCUAUUACUUGUGUGUGUGUGUGUUCCAGCAUCACAGAGAAGUAAAGAGCUCUCGAAAAAAAAAAGGUAAAAGAGGAUAAAAAAAAAAGGGGACGACAUAAAAGGAGAUAAGAAAGAAAGAAAAAACAUGCCCGGAUUGAACGGUGCUGCCUAUCAGAUCGGUAAUUGGACCAACUUCAAGCCGGAACUGCCCGGCAUUCUCAAAGAGUACGCCAAAGCCGCCAUCCGCACGGAUCCUCGCGAUCUCCUUCAAUGGUCGAGGGAUUACUUCCGGGCUCUGUCCCGCGGGUCCGCGCCGCUAGAUAAGGAUCGCUGGGAGGAGGUAACGUCCCUCGACAAUCAUUCGGGAAUCACCGUCGGUCUGCUCAGACUCCUUCACAAGCAAUUGAGUGGCGGUCGUGGCGGUCAACCGUCGGACGAUGUCAAUUUAGGUGACAUUAUCCAACUUUGGACAACGUUGGGUUUGGAACGUCAACGCUUGGACGACUUGCUCGAGUUAGUUUCCAUAGCGACGCCGCCGCUCAACGACGGACAAGAUUUAGAAACCCAAGAAAACGCAGAGACCAGAGACAACAAUGACGGCCAACCGAACGGAGCCAAGCCGCCGCGCAACUACGACCCAGCUACCGUCGUCGACUGGAACAAACUCUUGGCGCUGGCAGCCGGACAACUUGGCGAUAGCCUGGGGGAAACUAUGGAAACGUUGUGCACGAUAUUGACAACGGACGACGAUGGCGGAUCUUCGCUGCCCGUCGACACUUUCAUCGAGAUGUACACUUAUCUGGCCAAUAUCGACGGCGAUAUCGGCCAAGAGGAAAUCGAAGCCGUCGUCGAAUACGCCGGUCGCGUCGCCCAACUUCAAGAUGGCACCGUCAACCGAUUCAACCUCAAAUCCGCCCUUUGUCCGACCCUACACUAAAGACAAAAACUUUUUCUCCCGCCAAAAUCCAAUUAACUAAGCACGGCAACGUCGCAACAAGAAAUUUGCCCCGACUUCAAUUCGGCAAACGGAUCAAUCGAUAAAACACAAUCAAUUAUUGUA